AUGGUUCAACAAGACGAUGAUCGGAAUUUUGAUCGACCAAUGACUUUAUUAUCCAGACCAAUGAUUCCAGCAAAUAUUGAAAAUGAUCCAGAUGAAGAUGAUUUGUUGUGAGUUUUAUUUGAAAAAUAUUUGAUGUCAAAAUGAUUAUUUUUUUUAGAAGAAACUUGUCUACCGGAACUCUCAAAUUUCCUGAUAAUCCAACAUCAUAUACAUUCAAUUUAUCAAGUUUGAAUGAUCAAGGAAUAAUUGGAAAUGGUUUUUAUGGAACUGUAUACAAAAUGAAACAUAUUGAAACUGGAAAAUUAAUGGCUGUAAAACGAAUAAGAUGUAAUAAUUUGGAACCAAAAGAGAAACAACGUUUACUUCGAGAACAUGACACAAUUGUGAAUUCGGAAAAAUGUGCAAAUAUUGUCAAAUUUUAUGGAGCAAUAUUCAGCGAGGGUGAUUGUUUAAUAUGUAUGGAAUUAAUGGAUGUUUCAAUGGAUCUAUUGUACAAACGAGUAUAUAAUGUCAAACAUAGUCGGUUAGAAGAAAAUGCCAUUGGUCAUAUUGCAGUUUCAGUGAGUAUUUAUUUUUUAAAUUACCUAAAAUGUGUUUUUAAAAAUUUUCUUCUGACAUUGUUUCGUUUAAAAAAUGUUUAGCCAUUUGGUAACAAUUCAUUUUCUCCUUUUCAGACAAUCGAUGCGUUAUCUUAUUUGAAGGACAUGAUGAAAAUUAUUCAUAGAGGUAUGCAUUUUUUCAAAUUUAAAUUUGUUAUCAAAAAAUAAAUAAGAUACUAUCCAAAAUUCAGACGUGAAACCUUCAAAUAUUUUGGUUGAUAGCAAAGGAAAUGUGAAACUUUGUGACUUCGGAAUCUGUGGAGUUUUGGAAAACUCGGUAGCAAAAACACAUGAUGUGGGAUGUCAACCAUAUCUAGCUGUAAGUUUUUUUUUGGUUUUCUGUUCAAUGAAACAAAUUUUUUUUAGCCUGAACGAAUUGCCACUGUAAAUUCGAAUUAUGAUGUUCGAUCAGAUGUGUGGUCUCUUGGUAUCACUUUGGUUAGUUUAGAAGUCACCAAAUAUUUUUUGAUUUCAUUAAUUUUAGUAUGAGUUGGCGACAGGUGUAUUUCCAUACCAAGAAUGGAGAACACCUUUUGAUCAAAUAUCAGCUGUUGUACAAAAUGAUCCACCGUAUCUUGAAGAAGGUGGCACAUCAAAUUUCAGCCUUGAUAUGGUUCAAUUCAUCAAUACAUGGUAUGAUUUUUGUUUUGAUCUUUUUAAUAAUUUAUUGCUUUAAUUUUUCCAGUUUAACAAAAGAAGUGGGAAAACGGCCGAAGUAUCGUCAUUUGAAAUAUUAUAGUUUUUAUUUGAGGUAUGUUUUUCUAACAAUUUUUUCUCAAUAAAUUCCAUCUCGAAAAAAGCUUCCAAAAAUGAGUGAAAUCCGAGAACCUCUUCAAUUUUUCCCAUGAAGCAAUUUCUUUCUAGAUACUCCAUUCCUACUGGUUCUACACCGACUCCUGAAAUUGAACAAGCUCGUCAGGUUCUCGGCUUCGAAGCAGUGGAUACACGGAACCAUCCAGUGGAAAUUCUUGGAUAA